UGGUCUGGGUGUAGGGGCUUUCUUUUCGAGGGACACGACUACUUCCCCUUACAACCCGAUUUCCCUUCUAUGUGACUCUAAUCAGUUGGAAAAAAGAAACAGGCGACAUUGGAGAGAUCUGCCUCCACUUGGAGUAUUUCAAGGAAAAAGUCUUGGGGAAGGGGGAGGAAACUCCUGAAUUAGCUACCUAAGCCAAAUGCAGCUAAAUGGUGGAGCAGAUAUUCCAGAAUGCCCUUUCUGCUAAAAAUUAAAUAAAAUAAUUGCACUGCACCUCAUAGAAUAGACUGGGUAGAAGAUUGCUAUUUUUGCAAAAGCAAGCUACAAAAUUACUAUCCUUACAAAAAGUCUUCUGGAAAAAAUUUUCAUGUUACUAAGUUACCAGAGGAAUAACCUUUCUUGAUUUAUUGCAACUGCAUGAAGAGAAUAAUUGAUAUCUUAAAACAAGACAGCUAAUUUUUCUAGCAAAUUGGUAUUUCAUAAAAUUCAUGAGAUGAUCAUCAGAGGGGAAAAAAACCAAUAACUGAAGUCAGUGUAUGUCAAGAUGACCUCUGAAGAAAUGGUAGCUUCUGUUUUUGUUCCUGUGACACAGAAGAAAGUGAUAGCUGCUCAUUCAGCUACAGAUGAAAAUAGUGAAAAUGCCUCAGACAUCAGUGUUAUAAAAAAUACUAAAAAACCAAACAAAGAAAUCCCUCGUACUCUCUCAUGCUUAAACAGAUUUAGAGAAGGGCAUAUUGAAAGUUCAUUGCCCAAGCUUUUUUCUGUGUCAGAUAAAGAACCAAUUAGUGAUAAAAAUAAUGAUGAAGACUUUGAGGAGAAAAGUGUGCUGGAUUCAAUGAAAUAUAGUAACAUUAACUGUAAUAACUUAAUUAAAAAAUGCCAGAGUUCACAUACCCAGUUCUAUAAAUCAUGUGUCUCUAUAUCAGAAGAUAACUUAUGUUUGAAUACUGGAAUUUCACCCUCACUGGAAAGAAACAUGUUUUCUGGAAUUAAACUGGAAGUAAAUGAACCUUCAGAAGAAACAAAUCCAAUAAGAAGUCAAUCAGCUAGUAUAUUGGCUAGCCAAGAUCAUACCAAUAGCAUGGCUAUAUUUUGUUUUCAUUGUGCAGCUGAGAGAAAUGUAUCAAAGACUUUAUGUACCAUAUCUGAUGGUUUAAUUUUAGAUGAUUGUGUCAACUGUGUACAACUACCAAAUACUGGAGAUGAUGGAAAGGGCAACUACUCGGCAUAUACUUGUAGUUUAAUGAAACUGGCAAAUGACUAUAACAGUGAGAAUGGACUGAAGAUAUGUGAUAAUUGUGAAACCUUAAGUGAUCAAUAUUUAUGCUUAGAGAGAUCUUGCCAGAAGGUUAAAAUGGUAUCUUCAAAUCAAACCUGUGGUGAUAAUUUUCCUGGAAGAAUUCCCACUAAGGCUUUUUUGAGUCAUUUGGAAGAUUGUACUACUGAUCAUUUUGAAGAAGACAUGGAGGAAGAUUGUUUUAAAAACAAAAAGGAGAGGUCUACUUUGUUAAUUAGAAGAUUUUGCAAAAAUGAUAGGGAAGUUAAGAAAUCCGUUUAUACUGGAACCAGAGCAAUUAUGAGAACCCUACCUUCUGGGCACAUAGGGCCUGGAGCUUGGAGUUAUAUUGAACAGAAAAGAAAUCAUGGCUUUAAGAAGUUCAGCAACUCAGCAGAGCAUAUAGCCACAGUACAGAUUAGGCAAGAUUUGAAUCUCUGCCUUGGAAAAUCCCAUUGGCAUCUGAUCAACAACACAGAGAGAAGGGGAGAAGAAACAGAAGGCACUCUUGGAUCAUUUCUUCAUUUCUUCAGAAAUACUAUAAUCUUAGAUGCUAUUCAUGGACAUAUUGGUACUGGUCCAUGCUUGAAACAAUGGGUUCAAGAUACAGCAUGUGAAUACCGAGCCACACUUCAAAGGACUUCAAUUUCGCAGUAUAUCACUGGCUCUCUGUUAGAGGCAACUACAUCUCUGGGUGCAAGAAGUAGCCUUUUACAUACUUUUGGAGGAUCAGUAGGAAGAACAAUGUUGAAAGAACGUCAACCAUGCACCUCCGUGGCUGGUUCAAUGAACCUCCCUUCCAGUGUGGCUGGUCUCAGUAACGAGCUCAUAGAACUUCAACACCUCAUUCAGUUCCCCGAGGAAGUUGCUUGUAUUCUGACUGAACAGGAGCAGAGCAUCUACCGACAAGUCUUACCUGUGGAUUACCUUUGCUUCUUAACCAGGGCCUUGGGAAAUGAAGAAUGCCAGAGGCAACUUCCCUGCCUCAAGGCAUCAGUGUCGGCCUCUCUCCUGACCUCCCCAAAUGGCGAGCACAAUGCUCUGGAGGAUCUUGUAACAAGGUUUAAUGAGGUGAGCUCUUGGGUGACAUGGCUGAUACUCACAGCAGGCACCAUGGAAGAAAAACGAGAAGUCUUCUCAUAUUUAGUACACAUUGCAAAAUGCUGCUGGAAUAUGGGCAACUAUAAUGCUGUUAUGGAAUUCUUGGCUGGUCUCAGGUCAAGGAAAGUCUUAAAGAUGUGGCAGUUCAUGGACCAGUCUGACAUUGAAACCAUGAGAAGUCUGAAGGAUGCCAUGGCUCAACAUGAAUCUUCCUCUGAAUAUAGGAAAGUGGUGAACCGGGCUCUGAAUAUCCCUGGCUGUAAAGUAGUUCCUUUUUGUGGUGUGUUUUUAAAGGAACUUUGUGAAAUUCUAGAUGGAACAUCUGGAUUUAUGAAACUUUGUCCACGUUAUAACUCACAAGAUGAGACUUUAGAGUUUGUAGCUGAUUACAAUGGACAAGAUAAUUUCUUACAACGAGUAGGGCAAAAUGGCUUAAACAAUCCAGAGAAGGAGUCCACUGUCAACAGCAUUUUUCAAAUUAUCCGAAGCUGCAAUCGAAGUCUGGAACCUGAAGAAGAAGAUAAUUUUAGUGAAGGCGACAAUUCAAGGAAAAACUCCUUAAAGGAUAAAACUCGAUUACAAUUCUCGAUCGGAGAGCUGUCUGAUUCAGAAAACGAUCAUUUUGAGCCGGCGAAAGAAUGGGAUUUCCGUGCAGCAGAAGAAGAGCAGAAAGCUUUCCACCACGGAACAGAACUGAUUCCCUGGUAUGUGUUGUCUAUCAGGGCCGACGUCCAUCAGUUCCUCCUCCAAGGAGCCACCGUCAUUCACUAUGACCAGGACACACAUCUCUCAGCACGCUGUUUUCUUCGGCUGCAGCCGGAUAAUAGUACCUUAUCCUGGGCCAAACCGACGACUGCCUCGGCGGCUGUGACGAAAGCCAAGCUGAGCGUCUCCGGAAUCCCAGCGGAGCCUGGCAGACUUCCGUCGCCCGGCAAUACUGGAUUAAAUGGAUUGGUGGAAGGGUUCUUGGAUUUGUUUUCAGCCAAGGCCGUGUACAUGGGACAUCCUGGCAUCGAUAUGCACGCGGUGUGUGUUCAAAACAAACUCAGUAACAUGUCCGUGUCCGAGAACAGCGUGACGCUGCUUUAUGGGCUCCAGACGACCGAUAAUAGAUUAUUACACUUUGUGGCCCCGAAACACACCGCCAAGAUGGUAUAUGAGGGCUUGUUGGAAUUAACAAAAGCUGUUCGAAAAAUGAGGAAAUUUCCUGACCAGCGACAGCAGUGGCUGAGGAAGCAAUAUGUCAGCCUCUAUCAGGAGGACGGGAGAUUCGAAGGUCCGACGUUAGCUCACGCGAUUGAGCUCUUUGGUGGCAGACGCUGGACGACGCGAAACACGAGCCCUUCGACGCUCUCCAAAAGUGCCGAGAAGCCCACCGUCCAGAGGAACAACACCCUCGGGAUAAGCGCAAAUAAGAAAAAGAAGAAAAUCCUGCUGAGGGGGGAAAGUGGAGAGGUGACCGAUGAUGAGACGGCCGCAUGGAAGGCAAAAAUGUAUAAGGAGUGUCGUGGCCGCAGUGGUUCAGAUCCCCAAGACCUUAACGAGCAAGAAGAAGCAGAUCCAAACGGUCCUAGUCCUGCCACCAAUCCGCCCUCCAGAAGAGCUCGCUCCUUGACUCCGGCCGGCUGUGCCGCCGCCCUGCCCGCCCCCGUCAGACCGCUCUCCUCUCCCAUCCUGUCGCCUUCCAACAGGAGUCAGCCCAAUACAUGGAGCAGCAGUAGUUGGCAUGGCCGAGUGAAAGGUGGACUGAAAGGAUUUCAAAAUUUCAUGGUUUCGGAUAGUAGCAUGAGUUUUGUUGAAUUUGUAGAGCUCUUCAAAUCGUUCAGUGUACGAAGUCGGAAGGACCUCAAGGAUCUGUUUGAUGUUUACGCUGUGCCCUGUAGUCGAUCAGGCUCUGAUUCUAUCCCGCUCUAUACAAACCUGAGAAUUGAUGAAAAUACCAGCGGCCUUCAGCCUGACUUGGAUUUGUUAACCAGAAACGUGUCCGAUUUGGGCUUGUUCAUUAAGACCAGGCAACAGCUCUCAGACAACCAGAGGCAGAUCUCGGACGCCAUCGCGGCUGCGAGCAUCGUGACCAACGGCUCUGGAAUAGAAAGCACCAGGCUCGGGGUCUGUGGAGUUGGCAUACUGCAGCUGAAUGACUUUUUAGUGAAUUGCCAAGGCGAGCACUACACUUACGACGACAUACUCAGCAUUAUUCAGAAGUUCGAGCCUAGCGUGAGUAUGUGUCAGCAAGGUCUAAUGUCGUUUGAAGGAUUUUCCAGGUUUCUGUUGGAUAAAGAUAAUUUUGCAUCACAAAAUGACGAAUCACAGGAGAAUGUUAAAGAAUUACAGUUCCCCCUCUCCUAUUAUUACAUUGAAUCUUCACACAAUACAUACCUCACAGGACAUCAGCUUAAAGGGGAAUCGUCAGUGGAGCUAUAUAGCCAGGUUCUCUUGCAAGGCUGUCGAAGUGUAGAACUAGACUGCUGGGAUGGUGAUGAUGGGAUGCCUAUUAUUUAUCACGGACAUACACUCACUACUAAGAUUCCCUUCAAGGAAGUCGUUGAAGCCAUUGAUCGCAGUGCCUUCAUCAACUCCGAUUUGCCCAUCAUAAUAUCUAUAGAAAAUCACUGUUCCUUGCCUCAGCAACGAAAAAUGGCAGAAAUUUUCAAGAAUGUAUUUGGAGAAAAACUGGUGGCCAAGUUUUUAUUCGAGAGUGAUUUCUCUGAUGAUCCGAUGCUUCCUUCACCUGACCAACUUCGGAGAAAAGUGCUUCUUAAAAACAAAAAGCUAAAAGCGCAUCAGACUCCAGUGGAUAUAUUAAAGCAAAAGGCUCAUCAGUUGGCAUCCAUGCAGACACAGACCAGCAAUGGCAGUAAUGCCAAUCCUACCCCAGCUAAUGAGGAAGAAGAAGAUGAGGAAGAUGAAUAUGAUUAUGACUAUGAAUCUCUUUCUGAUGACAAUAUUCUGGAAGACAGACCUGAAAGUAAAUCAGCAGGUGACAAACUACAGUUUGAGUACAAUGAAGAAAUUACCAAGAGGAUAAAGAAAACAGAGAGCUCUGUUGGCAACAAAGGAAAGGUGUAUGACAUGGAACUUGGUGAAGAAUUUUAUCUCCCACAGAAUAAAAAAGAAAGUAGACAAAUAGCCCCAGAGCUUUCUGACCUCGUCAUCUACUGCCAAGCUGUAAAAUUUCCAGGACUGUCAACUUUAAACCCAUCUGGCUCUAGCAGAGGAAAAGAAAGGAAAAGCAGGAAGUCCAUUUUUGGCAACAAUCCGGGCAGAUUAAGCCCUGGGGAGACAGCUGCAUAUGCCAAAACAUCUGGAAAAAGUGCCGGGGACGGCAUGCGGCAGCCCUGGGAAGAAGCGGGGGCGCUCAACAGCCCGCCGUCCCUCAGCGCGCUCAUUCGGACCCCGAAGUGUUACCACAUCUCCUCCCUGAACGAGAACGCAGCCAAGCGCCUGUGCCGCCGCUACUCCCAGAAGCUGAUCCGGCACACCGCCUGCCAGCUACUCCGCACCUACCCGGCCGCCACGCGCAUCGACUCUUCCAACCCCAGCCCGCUCCUGUUCUGGCUGCACGGCAUCCAGCUGGUGGCGCUCAACUACCAAACCGACGAUCUCCCCUUACAUUUAAACGCGGCCAUGUUUGAGGCGAAUGGUGGAUGUGGUUAUGUCCUGAAGCCCCCCAUCCUGUGGGACAAGAACUGUGCUCUGUACCAGCAGUUUUCUCCGUUGGAAAGAGAUCUGGAAAGCGUGGCCCCUGCGCUCUAUUCUUUAACUAUCGUCUCCGGUCAGAACGUCUGUCCUGGAAACAGCACGGGCAGUCCGUGCAUUGAAGUCGACGUCCUGGGAAUGCCGCUGGAUAGCUGCCACUUCCGCACGAAACCCAUUCAUCGGAAUACUCUGAAUCCCAUGUGGAAUGAGCAGUUUCUCUUCCGAGCUUAUUUGGAAGAUCUCCUGUUUCUUCGCUUUGCAGUUGUUGAAAACAACAGUUCAGCUGUAACGGCUCAAAGAAUCAUUCCGCUAAAGGCUUUAAAAAGAGGAUAUCGGCAUCUUCAGCUGAGAAACCUGCAUAACGAAGUCUUGGAAAUCUCCAGCUUGUUCCUCAACAGCAGGAGGAUGGAGGAGAACUCGAGCGGCGGCGUGGCGGCAUCUCUGAUGUUCAGCACGGAAGAGAGAAAAAGUCUGGAGACGCACAAGGUCACAGUCCAUGGGAUUCCAGGCCCUGAGCCUUUUGCUGUUUUCACAAUAAAUGAAGAGACUAAAGCAAAGCAACUUCUUCACCAAAUUUUGACUACUUCUCAAGGCUCCACACCAAUCAUCACAGACUGCUUUUUGAUGGAAGAAAAAUAUUUUAUAUCCAAAGAAAAAAAUGACUUCAGGAAACAGCCAUUUCAGAGAAUAAUCAGUCCAGAAGAAGAAAUUGUACAGAUUUUGAACAGCUGGUUCCCAGAAGAAGGUUAUGUUGGAAGGAUUAUUUUUAAAAUCCAGGAGGAACCCACUGAAGAGAAGAGCGUCUUCCAGGAGGAGAAGGAGGUGGCCCUGAGCUCAGAAGAGGAGAGCUUCUUCGUGCAAGUCCACGAGAUCUCCCCGGAGCAGCCCAGCACCGUCAUCAAAGCUCCUCGGGUCAGCACUGCCCAGGAGGUCAUCCAGCAGACCUUGUGCAAAGCCAAGUACUCUUACAGUAUUCUGAGCAACCCCAACCCCAGCGACUACGUGCUUCUGGAGGAGGUGCUCAAGGAGCCACCCAACAAGAAGUCCUCUACCGCCAAGUCUUCCCAGAGGAUCCUCGGCGACCAGGAAUGUGUGUUCCAGGCCCAGAGCAGGUGGAAGGGCGCUGGGAAGUUUAUUCUGAAGCUAAAGGAGCAUGUGCAGGCAGCUCGAGAUGAUAAAAGAAAAGGCAUUUCUUUUGCUAAUGAACUUAAGAAAUUCACCAAGUCAAGUAAGCAACUUCGAGGAUUCACAUCACCUUCUCAGCUUUCAGUACCAGAAAGUAUCCAGAUGAAGGAAGAAAAACCUGUGGGCAGCUUCUCUUCUAAUGACAUGAUGGACCCAUAACUACCUUCAGUAAAUUCUAUCCAGGUGCCGGAGGUGUUGGGCGUUUCCCAGCAGACUGUUUGGAGCUCCGAGACCCGCCCGCCCGCCCCCCAGCGGCCCGUCCCCCAGCGGCCCGUCCCCCAGCGGCCCGUGGAGCCAUGAGCCGGCGGCUUCCGCUUUCCUGGGCACAGGAAGUGAACUUCGAGGACAGAAGACUAAGUGAAGCACGUGACUGCCCCUCCCCCUCGGGCACGGGAGGUGGGCUUCCGAGGGGCCAGGCUACGGCUCCUUGUCCGGAGGAAGGGGGCCAAUACAUUCCAGUACAUUUCCCUAAAUGUAUCGUUGCUCCAUUCCCUCCUCUCUAGUUUAUGCUCACACAAAUUGUGAGGUUUGACACUAACACAGACCGACCUCUUGACAAAAGGAACCUAAUUUGUAGCAAAACUAGUUUUUCAGCUGUGUUUAAAGUAAAACUAUUUAUUUUCUUGACCCCCAGCUAUGUACAGACACCGUAGUGGCGUAUUUAUUUUUCCUGAGCCUUUGAGUCUCUUUCGUGUUAGAAGUCUAGUGUUUAGGGAUUCUGAUGGAAAGAAAACUUCCUAAAAAGGAAAACCAUAUUCUGAGCAUUUGAAAUCGGCCAAAAGGUUUCUCUAGCUCCGCUGACAGCCUAGCACACAUUUUUUAUGCAUAGCAUUACAAAAUGAUCUCGAAUGAUCCUUUUCCAUUGACCUCAUUCUACUGUAACAUAGUGUUCCCACAGGAAAAAAGGGCAGUGACAAAUGACAUUAAAAAGACUUCCUCUGACCGGACAGUCAGCCCGUGUCCUGUGCACGUCCAUUAAAAGAAUAAUUGUAUAAAAUGUUCGUCACGGUGGAAUCCCCUUUGCAGGCAUUUCCCCUGACCUCUUCAACUGUAAAUGCUGAAGCAGUUGAACUGGUUCUGUGCAAAUGAGGAACUCACUCCUUGGAGGCAACAACAGUGGCUCCUAUUGGCCCAAUGCUCUAAACUAGUCCUCUUUUUAAGGCAGAGGAAACCCCAAGCACACACCGGUCUGCAGUCCCACCAGAACCCCUUCCAUCUGGCAUAAAAAAAAAAAAAUUUUUUUUCUAAUUUUGUUGUAGAAGUCAAAUUAUUUAUUGACCCCAAGGCACAGGUUAAUAAUCUUGAUUACAUGUGGCUUCACUCGGCCUCCCCGGGGAUGGACAGAGCCUGGGCCCUGUCAGGUACCGUGUCCACAUACAGUCACCUCAGAUGCCGGGCUCAUCACCUAGAGGGAUACCGGCCAUUCCACCAGAGAACUGCUAACUGAACCUAUUAACUUCCCGUCGUUAGGGCUUACUGUUUGUAGGGCGCUCACGUCUGACGUGUGGCGUGGCCAGGACCUCGCACACCCCUUGGCUGCCUGAUCUCUUUGUGGCCUGCUGGUUUGGGGGAGUGGCCGUCACCAAGGAAAUGGGGCCGAGUCUGGAACAGGAAGUCCACUGCUGCCCUUCCUCCAUGUUCCACACUUACAUAAAAGUGUCACGCUGUAAAUCAAGAUUUUUUUCCUUCCUGUGGACAAGGCCAGAACUCGAGAGUGGGUCUGUUUUUCAUCCUAGUAGGAAUUUGGGUCACCAAUUGCACAGAAAGCCAAGUACAUCAAAGACUUAGGAAAAUCACCCCCAAACUGGAACCACACGCAAAAAUCUGAGGAACGUAUUCAUCCCGAGGAUUAGGUACAAAUGUCCGUUAAGAAAACGUCUUGUACAAGGCAUCUCGACCCCGGCUCUUCUUGUCAAACGACAAGAGCUUUUUAUAGAAUCAAAGCCUCUGGAGGCUGCUCAUUCAGUCUUGGGCCACGAGAAGCACAUCUGGAGCAUGGGGGACACCAUCAUUCUUCUCAGCCUCCUCCCAUUUCCCAUGAUGCAUGCUUAAGCCAGGAGUGGUACCCCCGGGGCAAAGAGGGUUACAGAGAGGUUUUCCUCUCAGAGAGGGUUAAGAAGGUUUUCCAAAAAUGAUUUAAUCGUCUUUAAGAAGCUAUAUAUUUAGCAAAAUUAUUUGGCUUCUUGUGCUUUCAAUCAAAAAGAAAUCAUUGAAACUCAUCUGCCAGGGACUCUGCCUGCUUGCAUCCAUCUGCCUUUUGAUGCUUAUAGUCGAUCUGCAUCACCUCCUUCCCCUUCCCAUUUUUAUCUUCAGUUUCACAUUCUAUGCACCCCCAAACCCCACAAAACACAGUUAAUGCUAAAUAAGCUAAGAGGGAAUUUUCUCUUACAAAAAAUUUAAAGUUUUUUGCAUUCAUCAAAUAUGUCUCUGGUCCAAGAACAUUAAUACCACAAGUAAACACCAUACAAAGGAAUUUUCCACUUUCCUUCAAAUUACUCACCAGAAAAGAAAAAUAUAGUAUUAUUAUUCCACGUUAGCCUUUCUCCUUUUCAUGCAUAGUUCAGGCAUACUUUAAUUACAAGAAAAUUCUUAACUAGUGACAAUUACAGGAUAAAUUAGGGCAGUUCAAAUGCAAUGCCAAGUCAGCUUUGAAUUUUGAUAUAGGAAAAUAGCAGGAUUUAGAUUCCGAUUUUGAAUCCUCCAUUGUAGCUCAGGAUCUCCCUGAGCUCUUGACUGUGCCCACCUUCCUCCCAAUCCUACACUCAUCCUUCAAGGCUCCCCUCCUCCAAGAAGCCUGGCCAGCUCCUUUAAGGCUACAGUAAUUUCUCACUCACCUGACAUCAGCUGGUCCCCAUGGAGGUGCUCUUUCCCCAACGAUAGUCUACGCUUGAGCCGAAUCUCGCACCUCAUCUCUUUCUGUGUACUAGGCUCUGGCCUGCACCCACCACAGGUGCUCAAGCCUCACUGAACAAACCAAUUAAGGUGGUUUCAGGACACGGCCUCUACUUGGACGUACGCUAGUAUUUAUCACUAUUAUUCUGCUGUAAGCCUGAUUCUGACAACUCCUAGAGUAUUCAAAGUGACACCAGUUAACACAAUGCUCCCAACAUGCAUCUCAGAAUGUCACACACAGAGAGCAUGCAUUAGGCUUCAGAGAGUUGGGAAAUUUUCCUACAUUGAGUUUCUAAUAAAUUUUAAGACUGAUUUUUCACCUUAAAUGUUUUGUGCCAAUUUGAAGUAUAAUUAAUUAUAUAUGUAUAUGUUUGACAAAUAAAUAGUUUGUGAUGUA